CUGUGCAGGAGGGAUGGAUGCUCUGGCAGGGAGGACAGGUUAGGAACACGCUGCACAUCGUGUCUGCCGUGGCUCAGUGGAUUUUACUGCUUGCCUGCCUCAUUUACCUGGGAAUGGAUUUCCUGCGGCCCUCAACGAUCCAGAGUGACAAAGUGCAGUGGACCCAUAUCCGGUACACAGGCAGGAGCACCAGAGGAGUAGCCAUGAAUCUCACUGCUGAGGGGGGCCCCAUGCAGAUCAGGAAUGGCUCCAUCAUGAUCCCCUGCGAUGGCCUCUACCUCGUGUCCCUGAAAAGCUUAAUCUACCUGGAAGAGGAGGACUGGCUGAAGCUGACCCUGCAGGGGACACAGAAGACAAACAGCAACGCCCUGUGGGAGCAGAUUGUGCAGGUCAACGACAGCACAGUGAACCUCACCACGGUGCUCUACCUGUUCAGGGAGGACAGCAUCACUCUGUGGACCGACUCCAACGCCAGCAUCUGGGACAUGUCCUUCAGCGUGGUGUUGAUCACUGACAGCCUGAGUGCUAGCUGCAGGAGCUGGCCCUGA